CACUUAUUCUUCUAUUGCUCUCGGUAAGUGAAUAUGUGUUUUUUAUCACCCUUUGACAAUGAGCUCUUGUCCUAAUGAUCCGUCGUCGAGGAACAGCCCCAGGCGACUCGCUCCACGGAUUCCGAGUACAGCAGCGACAAACCAUUCCAGAGUUACAGCUUUCGGCGAUUCUCUUGGAACAUGAAGCCACAGGCGCUCAGCAUUUGCAUAUCGAUCGAGACGAUGCCAACAAUGUGUUUGCCGUCGGAUUCCAAACACCUGUAAACGACAGUACCGGUGUCCCCCACGUUUUGGAACAUACGACCCUGUGUGGAAGCCAGCAAUACCCAGUGAGAGAUCCUUUCUUCAAAAUGCUAAACCGAAGCAUGGCCAAUUAUAUGAACGCACUCACCGGCAGUGACUAUACGAUUUACCCCUUUGCUACCACCAAUAUGACGGAUUAUGCUAAUCUCCAAAGCAUAUAUAUGGAUGCUGUAUUUUGCCCGAAAUUAACCUAUCUCGACUUUUCACAAGAAGGAUGGCGGUUAGAACAUGAUGUAGCCGCCGAUUCCAAUACCCCCAUCAAGUUCAAAGGUGUCGUGUACAAUGAAAUGAAGGGUCGCACGUCGGACACAAGCUAUCUUUUCUAUCGUCAGUCACAGCAAGCCAUGCUUCCGGGUACAACUUAUAGUCACGUCAGCGGAGGCGAUCCUAGUCAUAUUACCAAUUUGAGCUAUGAUCAGCUAAAAGCUUUCCAUGAUACCUACUAUCAUCCCAGCAAUGCAAGAUUUUACACCUAUGGCAACUUCCCUCUGGAGCAUCAUCUAGCAGCUAUACAAGAGAAGCUCGAUGGCUACAAACGGAGAUCGAUUCCUGCCGCAAAGAGCACCGUAGAUCCUUGGGAUCAGCCUCGGGCAUCAUUCACUACCUGUUCUCUUGAUCCCAUGAAACCUGAAGAUAAACAAAACAGAGUAUCACUAUCUUUCCUUGCCAAUAACACAGAGGAUGUAUUUGAAACGUUUGCAAUGAAACUAUUGUCAAGCUUGCUUCUCAAUGGCCAUGCUUCACCGAUGUACAAGGCACUUAUUGACACCAACCUCGGCUCUGAAUUCUCGCCGAACACAGGCUACAGUAGCACUACAAAGUCAAGCUAUCUAUCCAUCGGACUGCAAGGCGUACAUGAUAAGGAUAUUGACAAGGUCCAAGCUGAAAUUCGAUCCGUAUUGGAGCAAGUAAGACGCGACGGAUUUGAUGUCAAGCGAAUCGACGCUAUCCUUCAUCAAAUGGAACUGGGACAGAAGCAUAAAACGGCUAAAUUCGGCUUGGGCAUCAUGAACAGUAUCACUUCCAACUGGUUGAAUGGCGCGAAUCCAAUGGAGUUAUUGCAAGUGAACAAGCAUAUUGAUCGGUUCAAACAAGAGUUUGCCGAUGGCCAGUUUUUUGAAAGUCGUAUUGAUCGCUAUUUACUGAACAAUCCGCACACACUGACGUUUGUCAUGCAACCUGACGCUACAUACACCAAACAAAUAGCCGAGGAAGAACAAUCACGCCUGAAAGAAAAAAUACAUGCUUUGACCCCAGAAGAUAAAAAGGAAAUAGUCGCGAGAGGCCAGGCCCUGGUAGCCAAACAGGAUGAAGUGGAAAGUCUGGACUGCCUUCCAACCUUGCACCUCAAUGAUAUUGCUACCAAACAAAAACGAUUUGUGUUUGAGCAUACUGGUUUAUGCAAUCUUCCUGUUCAGUGGCGUACAACGAGUACCAAUGGCGUUACUUACUUCAAAGCCAUCAGCACGCUUCCUCCCAUGUCGGAUGAUCUCGCUCUCUAUCUUCCCCUGUUCUGUGAUGCAUUACUUUCCUUGGGCACACGAUCACAGACAAUGGCUGACAUUGAUGAUGAUAUUCGUCUUUAUACCGGUGGUUUAAGCGUUUCACCCAUCGCUUCGACAAACCAUUCAGAUCUUGAUCUGGCGGAACACGGAAUUAUCCUUGGCGGAAACUGUUUGGAUCGUAACGUGGACAGAAUGUAUAGCAUAUUUACCAAGCUUAUUCGUGAAACCAAUUUUGAGGACACCAAGAAACUCAAAACCUUGAUUAUGGGAAAUGCGUCCGCAUUAGCCAAUUCGAUCGUGGGUUCAGGCCAUGUGUAUGCACGAACUUAUGCCGGUUCCUCAUUGACACCUGACAUGCAUUACAGUGAAUUGUCGGGUGGCAUGAGCCAAAUUGAUUUCAUGAACUAUUUGGCUGCGCUGGACGAUUUGUCGCCCGUGUCCGACAAACUUAAACUGAUCGCGUCCAAUGUUCUGCAUCAGCCUUCUUUGCGCAUGGCCGUUACCUGUGGUGAGGAUGCUGUGUCUGCCAAUACGGAUGCUCUGUCAAGUUUCAUUCAAAGUUUACCUACGGAAUCCUCUUCCUCCUUUGACACAAAUGAAGCUGUGUUUGCGCAGAACUUCCAAAAGACAUUCUUCUCUCUGCCGUAUUCCGUGAAUUUCACAUCCAUGGCUCUACGUGGGGUGCCAUACACCCAUGUGGAUGGCCCCAAAUUGCAAGUGUUGUCGUCUCUUAUGACAAGCCAUCAUUUACAUCGCGAAAUUCGUGAAAAGAACGGAGCCUACGGUGGCGGACUUGUUUACGCUGGACUUCAAGGUCUUCUUUCAUUCUAUUCUUACCGUGAUCCAAACUAUCUUCAAUCGCUCAAGACUUACCAAUCGGCCCUUGACUGGCUUUGUCACCGCGAAUUUACCGACCAGGAAAUGACUGAAGCGAAAUUAUCCAUCUUUCAGAAUAUUGACGCUCCUUUGAGUGUGUCCAGUGAAGGCAUGCUGCAAUUCAUUCACGGCGUAUCCUACGAUAUGCAGCAACAACGCCGUGAACAGCUGUUCAAUGUCACUCAAGACGAUGUUCACAGGGUGGCCAACAAAUAUCUGAAAGAAGCCAUCGAACAAAAUAAUUGUUCCAUGACAGUCCUCGGCAAAGAACCUACCGAACCUCAACAACUUGAAGCCCAAGGAUGGAAAAUUCGCACCAGUACUUCCACAAAUGUUUAAAGAUUGCUCUGUAAAUAGCUUUUUGCAUGCUGAAAUGACGGCGAAGAAAAUAAUUAUUACCGAAUUACAAGGACUCCGUCUUCUUGUCAUUCUUUUUCUCUGUAGAUGAUCACAUGUAUUAGUGUUGAAGUAUUUUCGUUUAUUUUUCAGUUUUAUCUCGCCAAACAUUUGGUGCAUUGCAUAUUUUUAUUCGCUCCUGAGACGUCGCCCUCAGAAUACCACAUAUUCAAUUUGUACACGACGAAAUGAAAAGGUAUAAAUAACGUGUGCUU